ACUUGCACCCCCCUCAUUGAAAUUGUCCUUGCGUUUACAUUUCAAAUCGUCAUCCACUGAGGAAACUGCUUCCUUACUCUCCCAGCAACUCCCUAGAACCACCACGCCGACCACCGUCACCUCCCAUAUAUUUCCCAUCUCCGAUCAACAAUUUCGUCAUUAAUGGAGAUGACAGUGAUCUCAGCUCAAGGUCUCAAGAAAACGUCGAGCUUAUCAUCUCUUUUCUCUCAUCACCUCCGGCCUUUCAUCACCCUCACCACCACCCCUCCCUCAUCCUCAGGCGGCGUAAACCAGAGCCAUGUGUACACAACGACGGUGGACCAUGAAGGAGGGGUGAAUCCCACUUGGGGCGAUAAGUUUGAUCUUUCUAAUGUUAUUGAUUCUAGUUUUUUCUCUCAUAAGUACUCAUAUAUAUACCUACAAUUAUACACAAACCGUCUCUUACUGGGUCCUAGGUUUUUGGGAUGGUGUGGGAUUCCGGCGUCGGAUAUUGCCGAUGGGUUUUCUCCGGCGGGAACUGCGAGGCAAUUGAGUUACAGGUUAAGAAAAAAGGACGGUUCGAGGGGUCAUGGUGUUGUUAAUGUGGUUGUGAAGUUGGAUAGUUCGCUUUUUCAGGCACGGAGGAGAGUAGAUUCUGUUGUGCAACGGUUGCCGGAGGUGAGGUUUGACCGGGUGGCGAUUGGAAUUCCGGUGAAACUGUUGCCUGCGGUUAGUCAUCAGGGGAGUUCAGUAGUGUAAUUAUUAGUGGCCAUAUGUUUUGUUUAAAGGUCACGAUUUAUGCAUUAAUUCUUAAAUGAAAGUGUUUGGCUUAUUUAGAUGGA